GGACCACCUUUUGGAUGCUCAGCCGUCAGAUCGGGCGGGCGCGCGCGCGACUUGCAGGCUGGAGCUUCUUCUUUUUCUUCUUCCUUUAUCUCUUUUUUUCACGUGCAUGCUUUGAUAAACUGUCUGCGCGCGCCAUCCAUCUUUCUUUUUGUUCUUUCUCGGAACGCCGCGAGGAAAAGCAGGAGGAGCAGGAGGAUUUAGGAGCAGCGCGCGGGGACGGCGAUGGACGUCGGCGGUGGCGCGCAGAGGGGGAUGCUGGGACGCUGCUUUCGGCUGCUCGUGAGCUUCGUGCACUAGCCCUUAUUAGCAGCCCCUAUGUGUGUGCAAUGCCAGCUGGGCGCGCGCUGAGCUCGGCGGCGGCGGCGGCUAUCGGACGGGCCUGCGCGCGGCGCGGGAGCUCGGGAGAAGAGGAGGAGGAGGAGGAGGGAGGGAGGAGGAGGAGAGGAGGAGGAGAAAGAAGAAGAGGAGGAGGAGGAAGAGAGGGAGAGAUAAGAAGAUAAAUAUAUAUAAAUAUAAACAGAAAGACAAAGAGAGAGAGAGAGAAAGAAAAUAAGGAGAUAAUAAUAAUGCGAGAGAGUGAGCGAGCGCAUCGCAGCGCGGGGCUGGGCUCGCGCGCUCCGGCCGCGGCGCUCGAGGCUCGAGGGAUGAUGCUGAUGCUAAUGCUGCUGCUGCUGUGAGGCGUCCUGAGCUCGAGCUCGUGGGGAACGAGGGGUGCUUUUGAAACCCCUCCAUCCCCUCCUCCACACACACAUACACACUUACACACACACGUACACACUCACUCUUACACACACUCGCACGCACGCACACACACUCCCUUUAUAGGCUAAACACGAUAUAAACAAGAUAUAGGCGCGCGCGGACGAGGCUUUGCAGCGAUGCUUGGACAGACAGACAGACACUCGGCCGGCGGGCUCGCGCUGGACUGUCCGGGGAUAAAUAAAUAAAUAUAUAAAUUGGUUUAUAUAUAUAUCUACACACGCACACUCGCGUGAACGCGCACGCACACACACAAACAUACCAUCAUACAUACAAAGCUAUAGCUGUUAUUAAAUCCAAACAUCACAAUCCCCACUGUAACGUUACAGGUUACCGUGGUGUCCUGUUACAGCACACCGUUACUGUUACAGGUACAAUAGGCUAGCUAGCGAGGCUAAAUUAGCUACUAGCUCUAGCAUCACCACUACUAGCAUAGCCUACUACUGAUCAAACACAAACACUCGUAAAGUCGUAAUAAUUCUAAUUACAAAAACAACAAUAAUAAAAAGGCUAAUAAUAAACAGCACUCAAACGAAAUACGAGAUAAAAACGAGGGCGUUAUUUUAAUAUUAUUAAUAAUAAUAAUACAAAACAACACUGUGCUUUUCCUUAACACAAUAACACCGUCAAAAAAAUAGGUCUACGUCUAAAAUUUAGUAAGACAAUUUCGAAAACAAACAAAAAAAACAGGCAAAAAAUAAUAAUAACAAUAAUACGGCUAAAAUAAUGCAAAUAACAAUAACAUUUAAUAAAAGCGAUAUGUGAACAAAAUCAAACUGGAUGAAAAUGAUUUCAGCAAAAAUCUAAGACAAGACAAAACAAAUCAAUAAAUAAUAAGAGACCAACAAUCUUUAUAUUUAUUAUUAUUUAUUAUUUAAAAAAACAUAAAAACAGUGUUUAAUAUCUGGAUACCAAUAUUUGCCAGUGUUGUUUUAUUAUUAUUAUUAUUAAUAAUAUUAAUAAUAACAUACAAUAAUAACAGCAGGUUACAACAGGUCAGCAAUUCAUACUCAGGAAAAAAGAACCCUAAACAUUAAAUAAUAAUAUAAAUUAUUAAUUAGGCUGAUAAUAAAAUAAUAACAAACCAUAUCAAAAACAGUAAUAAUAAUUAUAGUAAUACUACUACUACAAAUAAUAAUAAUAAUAUUUCUCCCGGCUCUUCCUCCGGUUCUCCUCUCCUCACAUGUAGAGAACCAUGUUUAAGAACCGGCUCCGGAUGUUCUUCGAUGAACUCAAGGUUCUCCUGUUCAUGCGAUCCGGCUCGCGCCAGGCCGAGGCCCGCGCGCAGACCAUGAGGGGGGGCGUCGGCGUGGGUGUGGUCGGGGGGGGCUGCGGGUGUCCCACCUUCAUCCGCUGCGCCGCGCGGGACCCGCACCACGACGACGCGGAGGAGUACUACGGCAGCGAGCCGCGGCCCCGGAGCCUCGCCUUCGAGGAGAAAGAGGCGCGGCUGCCCGCGGGACCGGACGCCGUGUCUCUCAGCAGCAGCACGGGCAGCGGCGCGCGCACGCCCCAGUGCAGGAUCUGCUUCCAGGGACUCGAGCAGGGGGAGCUGUUGAGUCCGUGCCGGUGUGACGGCUCAGUGCGCUGCACCCAUCAGCCCUGCCUGAUUCGCUGGAUCAGCGAGAGAGGCUCCUGGAGCUGCGAGCUCUGCUACUUCAAAUACCAAGUGCUGGCCAUCAGCACCAAAAACCCACUGCAGUGGCAGGCCAUCUCUCUGACCGUGAUCGAGAAGGUCCAGAUUGCAGCCAUCAUCCUGGGCUCGCUCUUCCUCAUCGCCAGCAUCUCCUGGCUGGUGUGGUCCUCUCUCAGCCCGUCGGCUAAGUGGCAGCGGCAGGACCUGCUCUUCCAGAUCUGCUACGGCAUGUACGGCUUCAUGGACAUCGUCUGCAUAGGCCUUAUAAUUCACGAGGGCUCAUCGGUGUACAGGAUCUUUAAGCGCUGGCAGGCCGUCAACCAACAGUGGAAAGUGUUGAACUAUGAAAAGGCCAAGGACCUGGGGGACCCCGUCAGCUCCAGCAGUAAGGCCGGGGCCCGGGGCUCCCGCGGUAAUGCACACGGAUUGGCCGGCGGCAGCAGCAGGGGGCGUGGCCAGCGGGUGCGGAGGCUCAGGACUAUCCUCAACCACCACUGCGGCUACACCAUCCUCCACAUCCUCAGCCAGAUCCGGCCCAGCGACGGGCGGCUCGGCACGGCCACCAACCGCGAGGUGGUGAUGAGGGUCACCACUGUAUGAGACAAAACGUUUAAAACAAACAUACGAAACGAAACGAAACAAAAAACAACCGGCCGCCUUAAGGAUCCGUGGCCACGUUCAUCUCCUCCCAGCAGGAGCAGAAAACUUCCUGAAGGUCCUGCUUUAAAAGCUUCUGUCCUGUCCUGACCGGCGAGAACCAGGAUUAAAACACAGGAACACAGAAACGCUGGAUCUGGCCCAAGUGGUUCUUAAGAACAGAAACAGAACAGACGAAAGUGAACUGCGUUUUUAAUUAUGGUUUCCUCUCUGGUGUUGUUUUCUACCAGUACGGUUUUUACUACCUUUCAUUUUCUAACGGCGUGUGGGUUAAUGAACUGUACUGACCACUUUAAACAAACGAACAAACAAAAAAAGCAAACAAACAAACAAAAAAAAAACAUAACAACAAACAGGAGCGUCGUCAUGGUGAUAAAAAUUAUGAUAAUGAUGACGAUCAUGUUUUACGGAAGAAGAAAAAAGCAAACGAAAAAAAAAACAGUCAGAAACAGACAAAACAAAUCUCACCAAACGACGUCAACAAACACAAAAGGCACAAAAUCCAGGGAACAAUAAAGGGAGUAAUUCUUUGCAGAACACAAACACAGUUAAUGAGAGUAAUAAACGAAUAUAAAAAUAACGAUAUUAUAAGGAAGGGUAGGGUGCAAUAAGAAAAAUAAUUCUAACAAAAAACAUAAAAAAGCAAAAGGGUUCUACUUAUACAGAGAGUUCUACAGAAGUACAUUCAUAUUUAAAGGAAUCUGAUCUCCUCCGCAAUAAAGAUACCUGUACAUUUUACAGUGAACUUUGCAUGAGGGUAAAGUUUUAUGCCUCCUCGACACGUGAUGAAUCUGUUUUAUUCAGAAUGGUGCUCGUUUUAAUAAACACUACUAUUCAUCAG